AUUGCAGGACCUAUAAGCUUAUAGGCAAAUCUCGAUAAUUUUCCUCAUACAAAGUUAUAAAUUCCAAAUAUCAAUUUUUUUGAAAUUUAUUAAUUUCUGAUAGUGCAGUUUUUUGUGUUAGUGAUGUUAUAUUAAACUGGAUAUAUCAGUCAUGUUGGAAGAAUGGAAGACAGUUACACGGAAAACUAAAAGAAGAAUCGGAAAAGAAAACAAUACGUCUUCAAACUGUGUUGAGAUUCUGAGCAAUAUAAACUUUACAAAAUCGGACAUACAGCAUGAAAUAUCUAAAGUAGAAAAAGCAUCAGAAGAGCUUAUAGAAUCUGCGUUUUUCCACAAAUUCUGCAAAUAUAUUGAAACAGUUUUAAUCAAAUAUGAAAACGAUUGUCACGAAAAAACAUCCAUGUUGAAUGAAAUUGUUUGUUAUGGACUUGGCAGUGUUUCAAACAGUUACAUUGCAAGAUACCAACUUGCUAUGUUGAUUUUGUUGCUGAAGUUUUUAUCACAAAGAACUGGCAAUAAUUGUGGAAAUAAACCAAUACCAUGCUAUGUAUAUGAUCCAAUCUUCAAUAACUUUGAUGUUGCCAUACUAGAAAAUUUUAAAUUGAAAGUCUUAUCAGAAAAUGAAGAAGGCAGAAGAAAGGGAUCAUCGGAACAUGGAAUAUCUAUAUUUUACAUGAUUCAUUGUGACAAAUUCCUUUAUGACAAUCUGUUAUGUGAAAAUUUGGAAAAUCGAACUAUGGAUAAGAUUAUAGUAAUCGGCAAUUCUUUCAAAACAAUGUGGGAAAGAUUGCCUGAAAGCGUAUUGAAAAAUGAUUAUAAGCUUAUUUAUAAAAUAAUUUCAGAAGGUUUAGUUUCUGAAACAAUGCUUGAUAACUGGAAAGAUAAUGAUGCAAUUUUUAAUGAUACCAGUAUUCAUUGUUUUCGAAAGUUCUCGCUAACCUAAGAUCUGAUUUUCUUUUUUU